ACAACGCUUAGGUUCCACCCAGCCUGGAGCGUCAUUUAGAACAGAGUCUGUGAAGCAUCAGGACGCUGCCGCUCCGCUCUCGCCUCGCCUCCCGCCCGUCUGGUUGCUACAAGAUGCCCAACUGCCCGAAAUGCGACAAGCCGGUAUAUUUCGCCGAGCGUAAGUCGUCGCUAGGAAAGGACUGGCAUGCAUUUUGCCUCAAGUGUGAAAAGUGUAACAAAACACUUACUCCAGGAAGCCACGCAGAGCAUGAAGGCAAGCCUUACUGUACCACACCCUGCUACGGAGCUCUCUUUGGGCCCGGCGGCUACGGGCGUGGCGGCACUCAGAGUUUCGUCUACGACAAAAAAUAGGAUCGUAGACAAGCGCGUUUGCUGGAUCAGGGGAUAUGUUUUUCGUCACUUGCUUCUUAUCUUAUCAGAUGUCCGCACAUUCUACUAGUAUUUCAAAUACACACUGCCAUUCUAUUCCCCUUCCGAGGUAUCUGUCUACCUCUAACUGCCUUCUAUUUUGUUUUUUAUUUUUCAUGUUAACCAAGAUAGCUUUCUUUCCAGUUUGUUUGUGACUUUGUAAAUAUCCCUUGAAUAAAUAUAAAAUAUA